AUGGAAGCUCCCUCGACCACCACCACCACGCCCUCCACCCCAGCAGACAUGUGGCAAUGCCUGGAGACUGUUCUGGUUAUCUGGCUGUCGACUGGAGGAGCAGAUUUGGGGGGAGCUACUCCAGAUCACCCUGGCCAUGCACCCCAGGGCCCGUCAGCCUCUGGAAUCUCCGAGCCCGGCCCCCGGGAGCUGUAUGCCUUCGUGACUGGGGCAGCCGCCUAUGUGCUGCGCACCCUGCACCCCCGGCAGACCCAGCCCCCCAAAACGAGGCCCAACCAUAGGAGGUUCCUUCACAACCAGAUCUGCAGGCAGUUUGCCAAGAUCGAAGCUGCCACCCAGCGCCUGGCCAUAUCCAUCCUGUCCCAGGAGGCACCUCCCCAGAGACCGCCACCCCAAAGGCCACCUCCACCACCUCCAUCCCCCUUCCUGGGGGUGGCCUGUGAUGUGGCCCCCACUGGCCCCAGCCUAAGUCUCGCUGCCCUGGACGCCUCCACCCACGACCUCUUUGAGGACAUUGUGGUCCCCCCAGAGUGUCCCCCCCCAGAGCGUCAUCUGACCUGUCCCACUGUGUGCUGGGCCAGGCGGACCUGA